UACCUAUAAUGGAGCGGGAGCCGGAGCAGGAGCUGGACCUUGAGCUCACCCUCCUCCCCUCCGCCUGGGCUACGCAGGAGGAGGCGCCCGGCUUCUUCCUCUGCACGUACUGCGGCCGCAAGUUCUGCACCUCCCAGGCGCUCGGCGGCCACCAGAACGCGCACAAGUACGAGCGCGCCCUAGCCAAGCGCCGCCGGGACAUCGCCGCCGCCUUGCGUAAGCACGGUGCCCCCGUUACGCGCGAUGGCCAGGUCCAUGCCGGGGCCAGCCCCAGCGCUAGGGCCACUGCCGGAUCUGAGAGGGGGAGGCGGCCAGUGGACGAGCUGCAACUGCAAGGUGUUCCGGUGCCCUGGCUGCACCAGGUUGAGCGCACGGAGGAGCUGGAUUUAUCCCUCGGCCUCUGAUUAUUCGCUUCUCCCGAUCCAUGUACCUUCUACGAUCUCUCCAUGAAUUUGUCAGUGCGUGCUACUUGCACGUCACUGGUUGAUAUUUGGCCAUGAGAAAUUGUUUUCCCUUUUGGGUUUCAUGUCAAGGAGUACAAAUAAUUCAUGAAUUUACACAGCGCGCUUCAGCUCUUUCUUCUUUGAUGGGCGAUUUAAUUUGACAAUUCAUGCAUUCCAUUGAAAUGCUGUUCGAGGGUUUCUUUUUUCUUCUAUUAUGUUUCGUUUCGUUUGCUUCUAGUGAUUCAGGAUUGUGCAUAUAUAUUUGCCAUAUUCCAUGUGAGUCUUUGCUCACCCGCCCGAAGAACAAAGCAGUAGCUCUUCCAACUUCAUAGACCAAAUAAGCCUUCUUCUUGGUAUGAUCCAGUCAGAUAUUGCUGCUUCUGAAUUGUAUUUUCUAGUGCUUCGUAAGAAUGCCGGAGUGAUGAGUUAUAAGAAUAUUAUUGGCAUUUUAUCAGAUCCAAGCUAAGAUAUAUAACGAGCUAGCAGUAUU